GUGUCUUUUCAGGAAGGGUACGAGACAAUUGUAUCUGCCGUGAGCCAUUGACACGGCAACAAAUCGAGACGGAAUAGCAGGUUUUUUUCUUCUGUUGGAUACUGGACACUUUUCCGUUUUGGUUUUUUGUGUUUUGUUUUUGUUUUUACAUCGGGCACCCACCGAACUAGACUUUACAUUAAGCUUUGUCGUAAGUUAGAAAACCCCGACUGACUUUCCUCAAGCUACUAAUGUGUUUAUAAAGAAAACGGAAAUAACUUGCUAGCUGUCUGGCUAGCUUGCUAACGAGCAUCUGGAUGCCAAGUCUGGGGAUAAUGGAGCUGAGCAGGCAACUGUGUGGGAAGAUGAGGAGAUCCAACAGGAGGGCCAUGCUCUCCUCCUCUCCCACUCCCUCCUCUCUGAGGGGUCUGGAGAUCCACUUCUACCUGUCAGACACACGUCAGCUCGAGUACUUCAAAGACUCUCAUACUGCUGAGGAUCUCUGUGUGGAGGCUGCCAAGACAUGCACAAUCUCUCCACUGUGCCAUAACCUGUUUGCCCUGUAUGAUGAGACUACUGGAUUGUGGUACCCUCCCAACCAUGAGUUCAUCAUCACAGAGGAGACCAGUAUCAAGCUGCACUAUCGCAUGAGGUUUUACUUCACCAACUGGCAUGGCACCACUGAGGGAGAGUCUCCAGUCUGGAGACACUGCAUUAGUAAACUUAGAGGAGGUGUCAGCUCACAGAAAAUACCAGAAGGGAUUCCUCUUCUGGACGCUGCCUCCCUGGAUUACCUGUUCGCCCAGGGCCAGCAUGACUUUCAGAUAGGCUUGGCCCCACUGAGAAUGCCCCAGACAGAGGCAGAGCAACAUGAGAUCGAGAAUGAGUGCCUGGGCAUGGCUGUUCUAGCAAUCACUCAUUACGCCAUGAAAAAAAACAUGCCCCUAUCCGCCGCCUCCAAUGAAAUCAGCUACAAGCGUUUCAUUCCUGAGUUGCUGAACCGAAACAUCAAGCAGCGUAAUGUCUUGACGCGCAUCCGCAUCAAUAACGUCUUCAAGAAAUUCCUCAACGAGUUCAACAGACGCACAGUCAAGGAUAGCAACAUCACACCGUAUGACCUGAAAAUCAAAUACCUGGCCACGCUGGAGAGUUUGACCAGUGACCUGGGCUUUGAGCUACUGGAGCCCAAGUCUGUCACCAUCACCCAGGAGGGUGAGCUCAGCAACAGAGGCUACAAUGGAUACUACAGCCAUAGCCAAGGGCAAAGCCAAGAUCAGAGCCUGGAGACCGGCUCCGACAUGCAAGUUUUGGUUUCUGGCACUACUGGUAUCUCCUGGAGGAGGAUCCCUACUACUAACGUGGUGAUUCCCAAAGAGAAGGGUAAGUCGAAGAAGAACAGGCAGGAUGGGAAACAGAAGAAGGAUUUAAAGAAAGAAGCUGGGGAUGGCUGGGUUGUCUUCUGUGACUUCCAUGAAAUCACACACACUGUCAUCAAAGAUGCCACGGUCACCAUCUACAGACAGGACUACAAGAAGAUGGAGUUGCAGCUGGCUUCCAAGGCCAGGGCUUUGUCCUUCGUGGCCCUUGUGGAUGGAUACUUCCGACUCACUGUGGACGCCCACCACUACCUGUGCAAGGAGGUGGCCCCUGCAUCAGUAGUCCACAACAUCAACAAUGGAUGCCAUGGACCCAUCUGUACCGAGUAUGCCAACCACAAGCUGCGUCAGGAGGGCAAUGAGGAUGGCACAUAUAUUCUGCGCUGGAGCUGCACUGACUACCAGUUCAUCAUAAUCACUGUGGUCUGCAGUGAGAUGGACCUGAAGGAGUCUCGCAUCGUGCAUCAGUAUAAGAACUUCCAAAUCGAAGUGGACUCUGGUGGGUUCCGUCUCUAUGGCACAGAUACAUUCCGGCCCACUCUUCGGGAGCUGCUGGACCACCUGGCGGGCCAGAGUCUUCGAACUGACAACCUCAGUUUUCAACUGGUCCGCUGCUGCCCUCCUCAACCUCGCGAGGUGUCUAACCUGCUGGUGGUGACUAAUGAUAGAGCGCUGAAUUUGCAGACACCUCUGCAGGACAGCCAGCUCAGCUUCCAUCGCAUCCUCAAGGAAGAGAUCGAACUGGAUGAGCACCUGGGCCGGGGGACGAGAACCAACAUCUAUUCCGGCACACUGAGGGUGAAGAAUGAGGAGGAUGAGGAUGUAGGUUACUCAUCGUUCCAGGAGGUGAAGGUGGUCCUCAAGGUUUUGGGCUCCGGACACAGAGAUAUCUCCCUGGCUUUCUUCGAGACGGCCAGUAUGAUGCGGCAGGUGUCCCAUAAGCAUAUUGUGUUGCUCUACGGAGUGUGUGUUCGCCAGUUGGAGAAUGUCAUGGUGGAGGAAUUCGUCCAACUGGGACCGCUGGAUCUGUUUAUGAGGAGACAGCACACCCAGCUCAGCACCCCGUGGAAGUUCCAGGUAGCCAAACAGCUGGCCUCAGUCCUCAGCUACCUGGAGGAUAAAAAACUGGUACAUGGCUUUGUGUGUACGAAGAAUAUCCUGUUGGCCAGGGACGGACUAGGCACGGAUGAGGGAGGGCCCUUCAUCAAGCUCAGCGACCCAGGAAUUCCCAUUACAGUUCUCACCAGAGAGGAGUGUGUCUACCGUAUCCCCUGGAUCGCUCCGGAGUGUGUGAAGAAUGUGAACAACCUCAGUGUGGCAGCAGACAAGUGGGGCUUCGGGACCACCCUGUGGGAAAUUUGUUAUGAUGGAGAGGUCCCUCUCAAAGACAAGAAACUCACAGAGAAGGAGCGGUUCUAUGCUGCAGAGUGCCAGCUGGCCACCCCGGAAUGCAAAGAGCUGGCUGAACUGAUGACCCACUGCAUGAACUAUGACCCCAGGAAGAGACCUUUUUUCAGGGCUAUCGUCAGAGACAUAGACAUGCUGGAGGAACAGAACCCAUCCAUCAAACCUGUGCCCACACCAGAGGUGGACCCCACUGUGUUUGAGAAAAGAUUCCUGAAGAAGAUCAGAGAUCUGGGAGAGGGCCACUUCGGCAAGGUGGAGCUGUGUCGUUAUGAUCCUCGGGGGGAUAAAACAGGCGAAAUGGUUGCCGUCAAGUCCCUGAAGCCGGAGAACCGAGAGGAGCAGAGCAACAAUCUCUGGAGUGAGAUCGGCAUCCUUAAAGAGCUCUACCACGAGAACAUUGUCAAGUACAAGGGCAUAUGCCAGGAGGAAGGUGGUCGGGGCAUCAAGCUGAUUAUGGAGUACCUUCCAGCUGGCAGUCUGAAGGAUUACCUCCCUAGGAACAGAAGCAAGACCAGCCUCAAUGUCCUGCUUAGCUAUGCUGUCCAAAUCUGCCAGGGAAUGGACUACCUGGGAUCUCGCAAUUACAUCCACCGGGACCUGGCUGCUCGGAACGUCCUGGUAGAGAACGAGAGCACAGUGAAGAUCGGCGACUUUGGCCUCACCAAGAGCAUCAAAGACAAUGAGGGCUAUUACACUGUCAAGGACGACCAUGACAGUCCAGUGUUCUGGUAUGCCCCAGAGUGUCUGACGCACUCUAAGUUCUACCGUGCUUCAGAUGUGUGGUCCUUCGGUGUGACUAUGUAUGAGCUCAUCACUUACUGUGACCCAUCCUUCAGCCCCAUGACGCUUUUCCUCAACAUGAUUGGCCGAACACAUGGUCAGAUGACUGUCACCCGAUUGGUGAAAGUGCUGGAGGAAGGGAGGAGGUUGCCACGUCCUGAGAGCUGUCCUGAACAGGUGUAUGAGCUGAUGCGUAAAUGCUGGGAGCAGUUCCCUGACAACAGAAUCGCCUUCAAGUGCCUGAUUAAGGAGCUGACCAGCAUGCAGCAGCACUGAUCCCGAACCAGCAGACUUUGACCAAACUGGCCACUAGUGAGGGUCUGAGUAAGAGGCUGACUUUUGAGCCCCAACUUGGAACCUGCUCCUCCCCGACCACGGGCCACAUCCCUAACCGUUCUAUGUAUCUACCCAUCACCUCUAUGGUGUAAAGACAGCAACUUCAGUCCACCUUGUUUUUAAGUUCGCUCUAUUUUUCAUUCAAUGUUUUUUUUUUCUUCAUACAGAUCUGCUGAAAUGUUAUUCCAAUUGUCAUAAUUAUGUUACCAUAUGAAUAUAUUAAGACAUUGUGCUACGUUCUAAUCAUGACCUAUCAAAGGUAUGCCCAGUAUAACCUCGCAGCUGUACUCUAUGCUGAAUGUGAACUUAAAUCUAAACAAACAACUUCAAGUUUAGUCAAAAGCCUGUAGCAACCCUACGCGCCCUCCUAAUGAUGUGGACUUUGAGCAGUGGACGAUAAUAUUGCCUGUGAUGUUGGUGAACGGGCAUGUGGCGGUGACAGACGGUGGUGUUGAACCUCUUGUGUUUCGUGGAGGUCACCGAACCCCACUGGAGGUGCAGAUGAUCCUUCCAGAUACUAUCUAUUGGAGGGAAGGGGGGGGGGCAUUCAGUCAUCGGCACCGUGAAACAUUACACAUCAGGUAUUUGGUUCGUUACGUGUUAAUGCAGCCAUGUAGAGUUGGAAGCGGUCGGUGAUGUCCCCCAAGUUUUGUUUUCGCUCCAUCUCUAACGGGAGUUGGACGUCACCCUCUGGAGUCAAACCAGACGCCUUCGAUACCCAGGGACCGGAGGGGAUAUUUAAGCUGCGUUAGCUUGAAAACGGGAGAGGCUGCGGAUUUCUCAGAGCAACCGCGUCAGAUUUCCCGCGGUCUCUUGGGGGUUCAGAUCUGUGCCACAAAGUGGGAAAGAUCUAAAUCAGAAUCCAAAGGAUGAUUCACAAGGUUUCCUGUCAGUUGUUUUUUUUUCCCUUUAUUUUUUGUAUUUCUGAGCCUCUUCAUGUAAAGGAACUAGCUCUUCUCCCUGUAAUGUCAAAACCCUACGAAUAUCGUCAGUCUUUUAUGCGAGUUUCCUAUUGAGAUUAAGAUAAAGUACCUGUAACAAGCACUUGAGGGCAGUAUAGGGUAGCUCAAUUGAUUCUAUGCGUCGCUUUGGUUACAUUUAAAAGCGUAUUUACGUGUGCAUGAGCCACAGAAACUUGGCCUACGUCAAGUCUUCGUAAGAAAAGAAUUGUCAGCUUGUGUCGUUUCUAUUUUGAGCCUGUAGUCUGGAACUGUAUGUGGGAGGAGGUUUGCCACAGAUUGGGUCUCAGGUGAGAUAACAGCUAAUAUUUUUGCACUUCUUCCUAUUGCAUCUUAUCUUUUUCUUUUUUUUUUUGAAUUGCAACUUUUAUUGACAUCAGCAAUAUGGGCAUUUUUUUUAUUCGUGUACACCCUUUCGAUUCACAAAUAUGCCUGAAAAAUAUCGAAGUAUGUAAUAUCUACUGUGUAUAACAAGGAAGUGGUUUGAGCAGAGGGUUUGGUCCGGUCUGAAGCGAGGGAUAAGUCCAUGAAUAGGGAUUGAACGUAUGAGCCGAGCGGUUUUAUAUUGGUCAGUACUCACUUUUAUCCUACGGCAAUUACUGUGAAAAGCAAAAACUGGGGACGAGUCCGAGGACUCACUUGAGUUUCAGUCCACAGUUUAUUUUAGGAAUGUAAAAGACAAUUCCUUCUGCUCAAAAAAAGGAGAGAGCAAAACAUUUUUCAAAAGAAAAGACAACGUCUUAUGGAGAAAAAUGUUCAUAAAUACACAUUAGGGGGGAGGGGGGGGAAUAAAUAAAAGUCAACGUUCAUCUUGGUGUCGUGUCAGUCCAAAAGCGUCAAACGCGAUGUCAUCACCUAAGGAAAUCCGGUUGGUGAACAAUUUUGUUUUGUACACUGUAUUACGGUGGUAAGCCAGCAUGCUUAAAUUGCUUCUAGAAAUACCUUAUUCACAGUAAAACAAUAUCAGUGCCAUCAUGAUAUAAAAUACUGCAAAAUUUACAGUAGUUUCAGGAAAAGAAAAAUUCCAAAUACUUGAAAAGCAAACUGUACAUGGCAAUGAGCACAGCAGGUUAUAUCUAUAUAUCUACAGCUGUCAAAGUAGCUCAGAUCAGAAACACCAAAGUAUUGCAAAGCUUUGUGAUCUCACACACGCGCACACACACACACACACAUUCAAUACUACACAUUCAGUCUCACUGAUGAGUUUGUCGUAUAACCAACACGGUACAAAGGCGAUGCAGUGUAGCAUAGAGGGCACGCGCCAGAGGCUCGACUUGCACAAGAAAAACCGAACCUGUUCUAACCCCAGCCGGACCGGUUGAUUUUUGUCCUUCGUGUUUGCCCUUAAAAGAAAAGCUUUAUUGCUAACUGAUGGGCAACAAAUCGGGUGUUCCGUUUUUCUUGAAUCGUUUCUCUUGAAAAUUAAAAAAAA